CUUAAUAUAAGUUGCGUUAUUGGCGCUUAAAUUGUGUUUAUAGGAAUUUUAAAACAAACAGAUUAGAUUAGAUACGUUUUUCCUCUGAUGUUUCAGAAUAUCACGAUGGCCAGGAAACGUGUUUUGACCGAACAAGAGAAAGUGAAGCGUAGGCAAACAAGCCGUGAAUUUCGAAAGAAGAGAAAUGAGUCUGAUCCACUUUGGCAUGAAAAGGAAGCAGCAAGAAUCGCAGUAAGUUUUAAAGCUUAUUUUUGAUAAUUGUACCAAAAUAUUUGACAUGUAAAAUGAUUGAAUAAUAAAAGCUUACAUAAAAAAAACCCGAUGGCUACAGUUGAAAUUUCAUUUGGGGAUUACUUUCAUAAAUUCGUAAGUGUCUAUAUCGUACAUAAUGUUAUAAUUAUGAAUACCAACCUUUUGUUGUAUUUUCAGAAACUGUACGUUCCCAAGAGCAAAUGCAACAAAGUAAAAUGGAAAGCGUACAAGAAAGCGAAGAGAGAAGGUAUGGCCAGGUAUCGAGCAAAGAAAAAAGAAGCAUCACUCCAAGCAUCAGUGCCCUCGCGGCGUGGCAGAUCUACAGUCAGGACACUGCCAGAGGAGUUCCGAGAGCUACCGGCUCGUAUCAGAAGGAAGAGGCUUUCUUCAGCACCUGCCACUGACAAUACCAAUCCAACUGAAACACCCACCACUGAUGAUGACACUCUAAGCCUGCUUAGCGAAACACCAUCUACAUCAUCUACAUCCUAUAGUUGCACCGUCAAGCUACCUGCAGUUGUGAACAAGUGCCGCGCUUUGAAGCGGAAGUUGGAGAAAACAGAGGCGGCAAAUGCAUGCCUUAAAAGAAACAUGGGAAAACUGAAGAAAAAGAUCUAUGCACAAGAAAAUGCACCCAGUACCCCAGUUGCGGAAGCCAAGAAGAUUUUAGCAGAUAUUGGGAAAACACCAACGCAAUCAGCAGUAAGAAAGAUGGUACCAUAUAUUGCUACCACAAAUGCUGUAAGAAAAUCAAGUCUUCCAAUAAAGAGGAAGUUAUUAGAUUCUGCAAGCCCGAAGUCGCGUAAAAAGCGUGGAAUAUACGCUGCUGGUGUUGCCAAGGCGACAAAAACGCCGCGUCGAUAUGUCUUUACGAAGAGCCUAUUCAAGUCCCGCAGUACAAGAAAGCUGAUUUCCAACUCACGACGAAACCUAGUGAUUGCUUUCCUGAAACGACCUGACAAUAGUAACCAACUGCCAGGGAUCAAAGACCAGGUGAAAGGACAGACCAAGUAUGGGUUAACAGAUACUAUGCAGAAUCUGUUCCUGAAGUUUAGAUCUGAAUAUGUUGAAAUUCAGAUGUCAAAGGCCGCAUUCUUCGCAGCCCGUCCAAAGAACAUUAAACUGGUCCAGUGGACCAACCGAAGGCAGUGCCUGUGUCAAACAUGUGCUAAUAUGGCACUGAAAAUCGCUGCAGCCAAAGUCUUGCCAAAAUCUGGGAGAGCAGUCUCAGCUAUGAUUGAUACAGAAGUGGUAUCUAAACUAGAGGAUAUUCCAUCAAGAAUUACCUUCAAGGAAUGGAGCAAAGUUGAAAUCGACUUCAACGAAAAGAAAAUAAAAAAAGUCAAGAGGAUCCAGAGUACCCAGACAAAGUCUCAAUUCAUCAAGGGAUUCAUGGAAACUCUUCACGAUUACAAGGAUCACUGUAGUCGAGUGGAGACCCAGUACGCCAUGUUACGAGUUCUGAAACAAAAGCUCAAGCCACUGGAAGAGGCAACAGUGCAGUGCGAUUAUGCCGAGAAUUGGAAAUGUAGUUAUCAAGACGAGAUAUCGGCCGUCUUUUAUGACCAGAACUUAAUAACUCUACAUCCCAUGGUGGUUCACUAUCGUGAUGGCGAAGGAAACCUCCAACACACCAGCUUCGUUGGAGUAACAGAAGAAGGAAAGCACUGCGCUCCAACCACCCUAAGCUUCAUUGAGAAGUUUAUACCCGAGAUCCGCUCGCUUCUCCCCGACUUGGCGGUUCUGCAUUACAUUACAGACAGUCCAAGCUCUCAGUACCGCAACAAGACGGUUGCGGCAAUCGUUGCCCGCCACCCUUUCCUGUUUCACAUCACAUCAACGUGGUCGUACCUAGAAAGUGGGCAUGGAAAGGGCCCAUGCGACGGUGUAGGUGGCGCGAUAAAGAAGCUUGCUGAUAACUCUGUUAAGCGCGGGGAAACCAUCACAAACGUGGAUGAGUUUGUGAAUGUUCUUGCGAGCCAAGUAACCAAGAUGAAAAUGAUCAGAGUGACGUCAAAACAAGUGCAGCAGAUGCGAAAGCGGGUGGCGUCAUGGGAUGUAAUCCCAUGCAAUGGCAUUGGUUCCAGUCACGCCCUUGUACCGGUUGGAGAGGUCAUCAUGAUGAAGGAAAUGUCAUGCUUUCAGGACUGUUGCUAUGAUGCAGGUGGUGUCUUUCACCCAUCGUGUGAUGGAUGGCAAACUACCAAGGUGAAGACUUUUAAACGUAGCACUGCUGUACAAGAGGAUAUCCCAGAUAACGAAGAGAUUGUUACAACACAGAGUCAUCCUGAAGCUGGUCUUCAGAAUGAUAACACCAUCGUGGCUUUCAGUAGUGAUGGAGUUACUCCCAAAGAUGUCCAACCAGAUCUUCAGCUAGACACUUGCAAGCCAGAUACAACCAAUCUUGAAAAAGAUGACCAUGUAGUUGUCGUUCAUGGCAAGAGGUGGUACAUAGCCAAGAUCGUGGGGCUUGAUGAAGAUGACGACUUCAUUCUUUCUUUCAUGACACCCGUUCGAUCAAAGUGGAAGUGGGGACAGAGCGAUGUGGGAACAUUAGAUCGUAACCACAUCCUUCUCAAAGUCGAGGAGCCACAAAAAGAAGACAAAGGCGCGUUGCUUAACAUUCGACCAAAUGAGUUGGAGAUGGUCGAGAAGCUUUAUACGAAAUUCAAAGCAGGCCAAGUAAAUAGCGUCUGAAUACCCAGUUGAGUCAAAUCAACAUCUCAAACUUUCAUCUUUUAUACUGAGUAACAAUUAAUGCUUUAUUAAACUUUCAGUUUCAGACUCAUGUGAAAUGAAAAUAAUAAAAAAGGAAACCUCCUUAUAAAGAAAGCGACACCUACGACUAAGUCAUUUAUUCCUGGAUAGAUGAUUAGCGAAAAUCAUUCUGGAACAUUCUUCAUUGCGUAAUUGUUGUUUUUAAAUACAUUUUGAUAAUGCAGUUUCGAGAUAGACCUUUUUUCCGUGGCAAAACUAUCAUGGACAUAAACAAAAAUAUGCCUGCAUGUACAUGUGUGAUCAUUCUUAAACACAUAACCAACGGGAAUUUUUAUGUUGGAAAUCCUUGAUAUAAUCAUGGUAUAAACAUAUCUGAUGUUUAAAUAUUGCAUAAAAGAAAAUAAUAAGUGCAGCACAAUCUAUUAAGAAAUGUUUGAAAAAAGCGUUACCUACGAAUACGUUUAAACAAUGAAAGGUAUUGGCAGUCUACAGAAGCCAUGAUUAAUACUUAUGAUGAUUUGUGUUUAAUAGGUAAUGUUUGUUAUAAGGUAUAUUUUACAUGAUGUAUUGUGCUAGUUACUUUGUUUUGUUUUUGUUAAAUGUACAUGUAAUAUUACUAGGAUUAUACUACCCACAUGGUAAGUUUAAAGCAUAACAACCAUUGUUAUAGUAUAUAGUAAGUUUUUAUUGCUUGAAAAUACGAUGUAAAUACGUUGUACUUGUUAAGUUUGAUAAUAGCUACGACGGGGCUUUGGUUUGUGAAGUACAACAUUCUGUCCUCAUAAGUAAUGUGUUUGUUACCUUCGUAUACAAUUAGUUACCUACGAAUACGCAUUUUUCGAAUAAUCGUCAGAAGAAAUAUUUAAGAUAUGUGCUAAAAAGUGAUCGCUGGCUAAAAUUGGUACUUCAUCCACUUAUAAUUGCAUGGAAUUCAGCACUUGUAUUAAAAAGGUAAUGAAACUACAUUAAGUGAAGCAAUGUCAUGUUUAGUGUUCACUAGUUCAAAAAAGGUAAAGUAAAUCUAUUAUGCAAGAAACCAGCCUAACAUGGGACUAUAAAAUAAAAAUAAUUGUACAUACAAUCACUAUAGCAUUGUAAUUAAUUUACCAUCUUUUGUUCAAAUGAAACAUAUCAUAUGGUUUUAUAAUUUUGUGUGCUUGUAACAUAAGUACCGUGUAUUCGUAGGUAACAGGCGUUUGUCUUACUUUAACUUCACCCCCUCAGCACAAGGUAAUUUUAAGAGAUUAGUGAUGGCAAUUUUUGUUAUGAGUUGUUUAACCUAUGUUUUUUGCAGGCGUGAAAAGAAAUAAAGUUUAAACCACUUUGAAAUUUGUACCUCAAAAAAUGCGUUUUGUACACUUUUCGUUGGAAUCG